AUGACUUCAUUGGACCAGGAUGAAGUCCUGCUCAAAGAAGUGGCUCGUCUGAAGAACAUCUACGAUGAAGCCGAGCAAGUUAUUGAUGUCACGGUGGCUCCCCAGGGCUUCACACUCUUCGAUAUGCAGCAGGAUAGCGAGAAACUCGCUUACACAGGAUUCGAGUCCCUUGAGAGAUUUCUGGCCUUUGUCAAGUUCGUGCAAACGGGCUACGACUCCUACAAAAAGCGCCAAGCUCCCCAGGGAAGGCCACUGAAUCUGUCCAUGGAGGACCAUCUCCUACUCGUGUUGGCGCGCCUCCGGGUGGGGCUUCUGGAGCAAGACCUCGGAUACCGGUUCGGUGUGCACGUCAGCACGGUUGUUAAAGAGUACAUGCCGGAGUGCUUUACCGGGGUGUAUCCAUCGACUCGGGUAAUCUUGGAUUGCACGGAAGUAUUCACUGAGACGCCCAGUGACUUCACGGUGCAGAGCGACAUUUAUUCAAGCUAUAAAUGCCAUAACACUACAAAAGGCCUUCUGGGCAUCACCCCUAAUGUGUUUGUGUCCUUCGUGAGCGACCUCGCACCUGGCCGGGUGUCGGACAAAACCAUGAUAGCAAAUUCCGGACUGUGUGCCCUCCUCAAGCCCGGUGACUCCGUCAUGGCAGACAAGGGGUUUGUGAUUUCUGAAGAAGUAGAAGCUGUCGGGGCCAUUCUGAACAUUCCACCCUUCCUUGGAGGAAAACCGCAGCUCUCCCUGGAAGAUGAAGCUAGGAUGGGAGCCAUUGCCAAGGUACGCAUUCCUGUGGAGUGGGUCAUAGGACAAAUGAAGUCAUUUCGCAUCCUGAGAGGAACGUUCCCCAACAGCAUGAGUCGGAGUCUGGAAGAUCUGCGCGUUGCUCUCCAACUUUACACGGGAGCCACUUUUGAGCCGUAG